UUGUUGCUAUGUUAUUGAAUUGUUGUUGAUCAAUAUACUAAAACGAAAUGUAACUAAGAAAAAAUGGAUAAUUCUACUCGUAUCGUAUAUGUAUGCUGCCUGUGCCUUCGUCAAUAUGAUCUCCAGGAGGAUCUUCGAGGACAUCUUGUCUACUUUCAUGGAUAUGAGCCCGUUUCGGUGCCCAGUGUCAAAAACAAAACUGCGAAGACUUCAACUACGGAACAACCUGCAGUCGGCAGAAUCAACCAGGAUAAACAAAGCACUGCGGAGCAAUCGAAGGACUCAGAACCCCCGCCAAGCGAACUGCAGCCCAAGCCUUUCAAGGACUUUCGACUGGUGUUAAGGGCCAACAUGCUAGAACCGUGCUCCUUUGGAAAGGAAUGUCCCUUCAAGUUUCAAGAUGCUGCCAAAAUGCAGCUCCACUCCAGUUGCCACAAGGGCGGCAGCUUUUCCUGCUGCGAAUGUGGAAUGGAACUGCCAAAUUGGCGUCGGUGCUCGGCUCAUCUGUGGAAAACCCACCAGGUGGAUGUGGAUCUACUGGAGUGUCCCGUCAACGAAUGCAACUACAAGUCACCCAUAUCCGCACUCGUGUGGCGACACAUGCAGGUUCACAAAAGGUGGCGACCCAGAGUGCUCCGCUCAUUGGCAGCUGUUCAGCGGAGAAGGAAGCUUAAGGAACAGCCAACGGAGAUGACCGCGCAACCUGCUGCUCCGCCACCAGCUUUAACGAAGAACAAAUACUACGCCGAGAAGACCUGCGAGAUUUGCAACCGCAAGUUCGUCAAUGGCAAAACGCUCUCCAAACACGUGAAGACUGUUCACAAUAAAAUCAAGCCAUUUAUCUGCAAUGUUUGUGGCAAAAAGACUGCCCGCAAGGCUAGCUUAAUAAUUCACAUGCGUCAGCACACGGGCGAGAAGCCUCUGCAGUGUGGGGAAUGCAAGUUCUCCACUCGCGAUCCCAGUGUCCUGCACAAGCAUCGGCAGCGUCAUGAUAGCCAGGACACACGAAACAACCUGAAGUGUAGUCAAUGCGAGUACUUCUGCAUUCAAGCCAAUGCUCUCAAGCGCCACAUGCGACUCAAUCAUGCAGAAGCCUAUCGGGACUUAUGCUGUGAUAUUUGCAGCUUCAGUUCUAUUAAUGCAGAACGACUACAAGCCCACAAACAGGAUCAUCGACAGGGCUUGAUCACAAAUUGUGAGGAUUCUAUGGACGCCCGUGCCGCUGGUUUCAAGUAUCCUCGUAAAGUGGGCGACAAGAACGGGGAGAUAUCAGCUGACUGUUUUAUGCCGCUGGAGAGCGUGGAUUCAUUGCCCCAUGAACCAGCUUUGGAUACGGGUGGUGUUACCAUACCAGCUCCUCCAUCUGAAGAUACUCAAUUCCCCACGUAUUUAAAAGAUUAAAAUAAUAACACUUUAAGUUGGUUGAUUAAGAGUAAGCGUUGUUUUGACUUACUUCCCAUUAUUUUAUUGAUUACUUUGUGUUCUUAUUUGUAUGUCCUAUGUAUUUAUUUACAAUUCCAUUUGUUGUAUA